AUGCACCGUUGCAGUCGUCGUACCUGCAGCGGCAGGAGGAUUCGACGAAAUCCACUCCGAUCGUUUCCACAGAUCGGAUUGCUUCUGUUGCUGUUUUCGUGUCUGAGAGUGACGACGUUCAAACAGCAAAAGUUCAGGGUGGAACCGAAAAACGUUAACGCUCGAGAAGGUUCAAAUGUGACGUUGCUCUGCGAGAUCGACGAUCUCACUGGUGAUGUCCAGUGGACUAAAGACGGUUUAGCUCUGGGUUAUGCAGCCGAAAUACCGGGACAUCCGAGGCACUCUAUGAUGACCGAUCCCGGAAAUGGGGUGUACAAUUUACUUGUCAGAAAUGUGACAAUAACGGAUGAUGCGCUGUACCAGUGUCAAGUGAGCCCCGGGCCGGCGGCGGGGAGCAAACCAAUUAGAUCAUCGGCCACGUUGUCCGUCCUGACGCCGCCUUCAUCCGUAGAAAUUAUAAACACAUCCGAAGGCUCAAAAUUGGAAGUGCAAGAAAACCACGAGGUUUCUAUUGAGUGUAUAGUUCGAAACUCUAAACCGGCUUCGAGAAUAGUAUGGUUUCGCGGCGAUGAAGAAAUCAAUCCCGAGCAACGGUCCGAUAACGAAAUUGAAGAAACCGCGGACGAGACAAGAUCCAAACUGUUCACCGUCCGAAGCCGAAUAAAAGUGACCGCUAAGUCGAACGACGACCGUGUGAAAUACAAAUGCGAAGCUCAUCACCAAGCUCUGUCGGAUCCGCUUUCAACCACUGUUCAGAUAAGAGUUUUAUAUCCACCGGGAGUUCCUCACAUUGAAGGAUACACAGAAGGUGAUAUUUUGGAAAAAGGGCAACAUGUGUCGCUACGUUGCGUAUCGAGAAAUGGAAAUCCACCAUCACAACUUGUGUGGUUCAAAAACGGCCAAUUGAUACAUAACGACUACAGUACAACUGAAAAAGUGUCGGAGAGCACGUACUCAUUCAUAGCUAAUGUCUCGGACAACAGCGCAAGAUUUCGCUGUGAAGCAAAAAACUCAAUUAGCCCACUUCCUCAAUACGCUGACGUUGUACUCUCAGUGUCAUUCGGCCCGUCUCACGUCCGUAUCAGGGGACCAGAUGAGGGGAAACAAGGAGACUUGAUAACCCUAAGUUGCGAGACCGGCCGCAGCAAUCCAGCGGCCUUAAUAAAAUGGACGGUGGCCGGUGAACCGGAAGAAAACAGUACGUCCACUAAUGUGCCAGCUCCGCAGUCCAGCUGGAUAACUAAAUCCAACGUGUCGUUUGUCAUACCGACCGGACAGCGCUACGUUGUGGCUACGUGCCAGUCCAUCAGUAACAGCGUGUUCGAUAAAGUCAUCGACACGCAUAAAAUCAGCAUACUUCACCCGCCCGGAGCGCCGAUCAUAAUCGACCACUCGUCUGGUAAUCCAAUUCCAUCGGGAAACGUCCAGAAAAUAUCUUGUCUGUCUACUGGUGGCAAUCCACUGGCUUCGGUCGCAUGGUUUAAAAACGAUAAAAAGGUUCAUUCAAUUGUAACAACUGGGGAAAAUUCGGUUUCAGCUGAAUUGGCAUUCGUGGUCAAUUAUACAGAUAACGAUGCUACUUAUAAAUGUGAAGUGACUCAUCCGGCUUUAACUGUGCCUUUGAUGAAAACCCAGAAACUCAAAGUACUAUUUUUACCCGAUCACCUGAACAUCAAGCACGACCCUGUGCACCUGAAACCUGGCGAUCAGGCCACACUCACGUGCGAGGCGACUUCUAGCAAUCCGGCGUUAAAGAUGAGCUGGUGGCACCAGGGAGUGCCUGUCUCUGAGGGCAUCAACAGCUACACCAAGCCCGGGCUGCACGGUGGCAAGCUGUCUACCAUACAGAUGACCUUCAACGUGACCCCCGAAGUGGACGGCAGUUUGUACAUGUGCCAAGGCUCCAAUCCACUGAUGUCCAAGAAUAUACACAAAGAAGUCACGCUCGAUGUUUACCACAAACCAACUUUUGAUUCGUAUCCCGACUUAAUGACGUACACAGAAGGGGAUAACGUAUUCGUCACGCUGCAGGCAAAAGGACGGCCUUCACAGAUCACUUAUAAGUGGUUCAAAAACAACAAACUGUUGUAUUCGUUACACAACCGGCGUGUACAAGAUUCCCAUAUAAAUUUCACAGGUAUAUUCCGCGACGAUGCUGGAAAUUACACCUGCGAGGCGAGAAAUACAGAAGGGUUUUCAACCUUUUCGUUUAUAAUAUCAGUGAGACAUCGAGCCACUAUUACAAAUACUUCAAGUGGCGUCAUUGUAAGUGAGGGCCACGAUGCUCAGCUUUGGUGUCGAAUAGAUGGUUUUCCGUUAGGUCCGGAUCACAUAAGCUGGACGCGUCCAAAUUUUUUCUUUGACGAACGGACAUCAAUAUUACUUAAGAAUACUACUUCGUACUUAACUAUUUUAAAUGCAACACAGUUUGAUAGUGGGCUAUUCUAUUGUGUCGUUAACAAUGGUAUAGGCAACGAAUCUUCGCAUUCUGUAAUGUUGAUCGUGGAACAUAAACCCGAGAUCCUGACAACGGAAAACGAAUCAAAAACGGCUAGCAAUGCUGGUAUGUCAGCUAAACUUCAUUGUCGAGCAGUUGGAGCUCCAAUGAUUAGAUUUUCUUGGGAACGUGAUGGGUCGAACAUAACAAGCGUAUCUGAGAAAUACAUCGUGGAACAGAAACGACUGAACGAAACGUUUUACGAGUCGACGCUGACGAUACUGCAAGUGGACCAGUUCAAUUACGGCGAUUACGUGUGCACCGCGUCCAACAAUCUCGGGCGGACGACUUCAGUCAACCGGUUGACCGUCUUCUCGCACCCCGACCCGCCGUCCAACUUCCGAUUGGCGAACGCCACGCACAACCGAGUGAUGCUGACGUGGUCCCCCGGAUUCGACGGAGGCGACCCGGUUACGUACCGCAUUCGGUAUCGGGCGUCCGACAGUAAAAUGUACCUGUACGAGGACCUCGGAAACGAAACCCAUCACACGGUCAGCGGACUUGAACCGUUAAAAUCAUACUUGUUCAGCAUCAUGGCUCGUAACUUGUAUGGGGACAGCUCUUACGUGUCCCAGAGUAUCAAAGUUACAACAACAAAGGAAAACGUUCAACCCAAGUCCGAUUCGAAUGCAGAUAAGCCGGCCGAAGAUCAAGGAAUGCGCAUCGUGUUCACUUUCUUGGGAGUUUUUGGAGGUGUAUUGAUAAUCGUCAGCAUAUUUAUUGUUUCGUACUGCAUUCACAGACGUCGUAACGUCAACAAACAGAUAAGCAACGAAAACAACGAUUCUAGUAGUAAAACUCCAACGAUCGAAAUGUAUGCACCGAAUACAUAUAACGGGGGAUACGACGAAAAUUUAAGCUCAAUUUCGGCCAAAUCGGAAACAUAUUCAAAUGUUUCUCCGGAUUACAACGACGAUCAACAGCAAAAGUCUGCCGAACAAUCGUAUUUGAUCGAACAGAUCGAUUAUCCUUUCAUCAACGAUUGUGAUCAUCCACUGCAGCCACACGUUCAAUACGGCGGUGGCUUAAGUAUGAGCUCCGACCAAUCGGUGCAACAUUACAACAUGCACGAAAACACUAACGACAGAAGAAAUAUCGAGAAUCGAACUUCCCACCUCCACCACCACCAUCACCUACACCAUCUCCACCACCUCCAACAGCAUCAGCAGCAACAGCAACAGCAACAGCAGCAGCAGCAUCAAUUGCAUCAUCAUCAGCCGCAGCAGCAUCAUCAUCAGCAACCUCAUCACGCCUUGCCGGGCGUACCGACGGCUCGGGCCGUGCCAUUACCACCGAUUUUGCACAACCGACCGGUGCCACCUCCAACGAUACCGCCAAUGGUCAGCAAGCUUAACUAUUAUUCGCCGCCACCUCCACCGCCUCCGCCACCUGACGUCACGGUGUUCUCGUCACAAAACGUCCUCACCACUUUCGCGCACAAACCGGACGAGACGGAAGGACACUUAGUCUGA